AUGUCAUCAUCAGCAGAAAACGGAUACGACGACCUGGUGCUCAAGGCAGGCACCGACAUGGGCACGCUCUUCGACGGCUUCUUUGGCAGCAUCGAAGGCCUGCGUGCCGGCCAGCCCUCAGAUAAGGGCCUCUGGGCGCCGCGCAUUGACCGGCACGAGGACGAAGACCAGGUUGUGCUGCGCGCGCACUUGCCGAAUGUGCCACACAACCAUAUCCGCAUCGACCGGUCAACGCCGGGCCGGCUGAAGAUCUUUGGUGAGUACAAUAGCCAGACGAAGAGGCUGGGCCAGUUCGAGAAGGACGUGCCGCUGCCACCGGCGGCCAACUCAUCACGAUUCCCCAAGUAG